AUGUGCGAAACAAUCGUGGUAAUUCUCGGAUUUCUUUUAUGGGUGUUGCACGGAUUGAUCUUUUACGUGAUCAACUACUUUUACCCAGACCAGUCACCAGAAACCGGACCGGGAUCAGUUGCCACAACGGCCCAAUCACCAGAAGGAGCGUCACCUAGCUCUAGCCAGGAGAUAGCCGUGGCCUCUCAACCAGCAAUGCAACCCGAUUCACUCGAUCCUGACUGUCCUCCUUCAUGUGAAAAUCCAGAAAGCCGCCAACUCCAUCAUUCCCCAGCAACCAAGAAUGGAAUUGAAGACUACGUUGAAACCCUGGAACAAGAACACCAGGCAAUGCGUCAUGAAAUUUGCCAAUUUGAGCAAAAGUUUCAACAAUUAAGUUCCAUCUUGACAAACCUGGAAGAAAUGACGGAUGAAAACGAGCGACUCAAACAAGAGGUAAUUUCAUUGCGGACUAGUGCAUCUGAACAAGAGAAACAACGUGAAAUCAUGGAGACUCAGUUGCAAAACGAGUCAAAAUUGAUGGAAGACAAAGAACUUUUGAUGGCAAAACUAGAUUCUUUGUCUGCCGAAAAUCGUAAGAUCAUGGAUGCCUAUAAAGCUAUCGAGAAAUCUGCAGAGGACGGGGAAGCGUUGGUUGAAAAACACCUGUCAACCAUCGCCACACUUAAGUCUGAUCUUGACUUUGCCAACCAGAUCGUAGACGAACAACUAAGUGAAAAAGAUUACUUAAUUUAUAAAAUUGCAGAUCUCGAAAAGCUUAUUGGCCAAAUAGACAGAGAAAAUAUCGCAAUGAAGAUGGACAUGAAGAGGCUGAACGACUCUGUCCGAAAACGCAAAUCCGAUUGGCGAAUAAGCGAACUGAAACUCAGUGAAAGUAACGAAGACCUCAAGAAGAAACUCGGUCGGCUACAGACUGACUAUCAGAGCUUGCUGGAAAGCAAUGGUCUGGUUAAAACUGAGCUCGAGUCAGCCAAUAAGGAACUUGCGAGUUUGCGUGAAAAAGUCGCAGAGAAAGAACAGGACGUUUUCGAUUUCCGCAAGGAAUUCCUUGAAACGUUGCGCGCAGAAAGCGAGAGGUUGGUGCUGGAUAGCUGUGAAGCGGCCACAAUUUCUACCCCAACAACAGCAAUACGUUGUGCACAAGACCAACCACUCCUGGAAUGUUCUGCUCUACGCCCAUCAUCUUCAUCGGACGUUGAUGUAAGCCAGCAAUCGUCUGCCGAAGUUAUUGAGUUACAAACACAGAUACAAGAAGUUGAUACUGAAAUCAAGAAAUUAUUCUUGUCGAUGGAUGGAUUACGUCAGGCGCGAAAGGAGUCGCAAAAAGCUUUCAGGACGAUUGAAAAUCAGCUGUAUUGGAAAAUGUGGAAGCAAACUCGUCUCGCUGCACGACGGAACGAUGCUCUGAAGGCCGCUCAAGAGCCAGUACAUUUGGCAGAAGAGCAGGUGACAGUGCUUCCUGAAGAGCCCAUCACAUUGAAGGAAGUUGUAGCAGAAACAAGCGUCGUUGAAGUAAAGAAACUUGACGAGUUGGGCAGUGCGCAAACGAAGGCUGAUACCACCGUAUCCAACGAGGUCGUAGCUGAGGCAAGUGGCGUCACUGAAGCAAAAGAAACUGAUACGAUGGGCGGUACGGACCUCGCACAAAACGACACAGAUAUCAACUCAGUGGAGGAGGUCGUACCGGAGGCAAGCGCCGUCGCUGAUGAGGUAAAAAACGUUGACCCGAUCAGUAGCACGGAUUUGCCAAAGACCGACGACACCAUCAAGAAGAAAAAGGGCUCUAAAUUAAAACGAUGGGCAAAGAAAUUUGUCUUUCGCAAACGUAAAGAACCAGCAGUCUAA